UGAAUAAGAAUUUGGUGAGUCUGCAAAUUUCUUUGCAGCUUCAUAUCCUUGUUAUUUCCAGAUAUUUCAGUGUGGUGAAUCGGACGCAGAGGGAGGAGCUGGCUGGAAGCUGUUGAUGUUGGAUUUGGACAUGGCAGAAUUAAAAAGGAUAUUGACCAUUUUCAUGGUGAUUGGCUGCCUUAUAAGUCAUGGGAAGGCACAGCAACAAUGCUCAACUGGGUUUCUGAUGGACCAGCCGUCGGGCCAGUGCUUAGAUGUUGAUGAAUGUCGGACUAUUCCUCAGGCCUGUAGAGGAGAUAUGGUGUGUGUUAACCAGAAUGGUGGCUAUUUAUGCAUUCCUCAAACAAAUCCAGUUUAUCGAUCACCGUAUCUCAGUCCUUACUCUAACAUAUAUCCACCACCUCCAGCACCAGCUCCUGCUCCCAAUUAUCCUACUGCUACCAGACCUGUCAUUUGCCGAUUUGGUUACCAAAUGAGUGAAAACCAAUGCGUGGAUGUUGAUGAAUGUGCAUCCGAAUCACAUCAGUGCAACCCCACCCAAAUCUGUAUCAAUACUGAAGGAGGAUACACUUGCUCCUGCACAGAAGGAUAUUGGCUCUUAGAAGGACAGUGUUUAGACAUAGAUGAAUGUCGCUAUGGUUAUUGUCAGCAGUUGUGUGCCAAUGUACCUGGCUCCUACUCCUGUACAUGUAAUCCAGGAUUUGUCCUGAAUGAUGAUGGAAGAUCAUGCCAAGAUGUGAAUGAAUGUACAACUGAAAAUCCUUGCGUGCAAAACUGUGUCAACACCUAUGGCUCAUUCCUUUGUCGCUGUGACCCUGGCUAUGAAUUGGAGGCUGAUGGUAUCAGCUGUACUGAUAUGGAUGAAUGCAGCUUUUCAGAAUUUCUUUGUCAACAUGAGUGUGUCAAUCAGCCAGGCAGUUACUACUGCUUCUGUCCUUCUGGCUAUGUUCUUCUUGAUGAUACCCGAAGCUGCCAGGAUAUUAAUGAAUGUGAGCUUGGGAACCACACUUGUACCUUGCAGCAAACAUGCUUCAAUGUUCAAGGUGGAUUCAAAUGCCUAGACCCAGUAAGAUGUGUGGAACCUUAUAUCCAGAUCAAUGAAAAUCACUGUAUAUGUCCAGCUGAAAAUCCUGCGUGUAGAGACCAGCCAUUCACCAUUCUGUACAGAGACAUGGAUGUCUCAGGUCGCACAGUGCCAGCUGAUAUAUUUCAAAUGCAAGCAACUUCCCGCUACCCUGGUGCUUAUUACAUCUUCCAGAUCAAAUCAGGAAAUGAAGGCAGAGAAUUCUACAUGCGGCAAACUGGACCUAUCAGUGCUACUCUAGUGAUGACCCGUCCUCUGAAGGGGCCACGUGACAUUCAAUUGGACCUGGAGAUGAUUACUGUUAAUACCGUCAUCAACUUCAGAGGAAGCUCUGUCAUUCGGCUGAGGAUAUACGUGUCGCAGUAUCCCUUCUAAACCCAGAGUUUCACUGCUUUCUUUAAAAAAAAUAAAAUAAAAUAGAGCUGAAAAGGACAUUAUCCCUUUUCUGCCUGAACUUUCUCCUCAGGAGUCAGUGCAUCUAGUAAUUCAACAUGAAAUCAGUAUUAAAGGUUGUCACAGUGGCUUACAUCAUAGUGAUGGGCCAGACUUCCUCAUGGUUGGAAGCCACCUGAGCUUUGCAUUGUCAAUGGAUUCCUUAGGUGGUUUUUGUUUUCACUGAUCACUGUGCUGUUAAGAAUAUUUUGUCUUGCUUUCCAAACUUUUAUAGGGUGUGAUUAUAAGCUUAAGAUACUGUGAAGUUCUCCACCUUUUAUAAUGGUAACACUGCUUGGCAAAAGCACCAGGGAAACUGCUGUUCUGCUCGCUUUCCCUUUCAUUUUUUAAAAAGACAAAAAACUAACAACAAAAUGACACCUAUAGAAUCUGGGAAGCAGUAGCCACUAUCGCAAAAGCUGUCUGUGGAAUGAUCAGUUCUGAUCCUUGCAUGCUUCUCAAUAGAAACAGUCCCUUAUUGAUCUUGCUUUCUUUUUCUCUGGAUGAAAGAUGUUCCUUCCCAUCAGUCCCAGUUCCUUACUGCAUAAAAAUGCUAACCAGGAUCCAAAAAACCACGUAACUAGUUCCACAUGCCCAAGAUGACUAUGGGCUUAUGCUCUUAAACAGGGUCCCUCCGCUCCACCUUCAAAAACAGUUUGUGAUAUGGCAUAUGGUUAGCUGUUCAAAGAAGAAAAAACUCAAAAAUCCCACUGGACAUUCCCAAGCCCAUGGGCAUGCAUAAAGUAGCUCCUUAGAUCAAAGCUAUUAUGAGUAAUUGAUUUUUGAAGAAGAAACCUGCAUGGUAUAUUUUAAAGUAUUUAUUUGUAAAAAUAUGUAGGGCCUGAUUCUCCAUUUAAUUUUAUAUUUCAUGCUUAUAUCACCAGCUGGUCAAUUGGUCAAUGGUUAUUAUAGAGCAUGAAAAGUUAAACACACUUAAGUCACAUUACAGAAGCUCUGAUAUAUGUCAUGCAUUCAGCACACAUAGAAAGCUCCUCCAUUCUCAUCUGUGAUCAGAGAAAGCUUUGUGUGUGCAAAAAAUAAAGUGGAGGGGCCUUGCCAUGUGGUACAACACAUGCUUAGAAUGCAUAAAGUUCUAUGUUCAGUCUCCACCAUCUCGGCUUAACAAAAGCACAGGCAGCAGGCUGAGAAAAAUUUCUGCCUGAGAUACUGGAGACAGAGCUGCUACCAGCAGGAGUAGACACUAUUGGGUUAGGUAAACCAAAGGUUGGAAUCAGCACAAAUUAGCUUCCUUGUAUAAACGUGGAUCAUUUCUCUGCAAAAAAACACUACCCAAAGUUCUGUAGGUAGUACAAAGUGACUCAUGCCCCAUAUUCUUUAUUCACUUAUGGAUUUAUACAACGUGUCUGAUUUGGGAAGCUUCUAUCUCUGAAAUCUAAAAUAUCCCAAGAUGUGAAAUAUUUCACUGUCUAUUUUCUGUUUCUAUUAGCUCGCAGCUGUGGUUGAGCAAACACAGGAUUUAGCUAACAUGAAUAAGCUAAGCAGAAUCUAAUUCCAGUCUCUCUCUUAAUGCAAAUGCAAAAUAGUUUCCUUUGUUUGAAUUUGAAUACUAGUGCAGUAGUCAACAAGCCUGGGGCUGCAAAAUGAUCAAUUAAGAAGCAAAGAACUUGACUGUACUUCCCCUGUGAUUUUAGUAGAAAAUAAUUGUGAUGAUACACAUAUUUGGAGAGCAUAUAUUUGUGGGAGCAAUAAUUGAAUGAACUCAUACUGGAAGUACAACUGUGAAUAUAGUUUCUGUUUUAUAAGCAAUACUUCCUCCCAGAUUUUUUAAUGAGUUUAUUUCCAGCAUUAAUAGUAUAAAAACACAUGUGCUUUAAUAUAAUUUCAGUACAUUGAAGUAAGUAGGCAGUAAGUAGAUUGCUUAUUUGAGUGUGAAGAAUUGGAAAUGUUUCUUGCUUAAUUGCAUGCACAGAGUUUUCUGAGAGGAAAAAUUGGUUGUUCAGGAGCAAAUAGUAAUUAUACAAGUAGUUCACAGUGGGAUUAUAUGCUGGUUAGUCCCCCCAAUACACUGAUCAUAUAAAAGUUUGAAUUCCUGGUCCAGCUAUGCUUAACUUAUAGAAUGUUUUAACAUGUUAAUUUUUAUGGGAUCAACUUCUACUGUUUGAAUAUCAACAUAAUCUUUCUAGACACAAAGAUGUGCAGAUCAAAGGAAAAUAAGAUUAUAUAUCCAGGUGUGGACUCUGAAAAACCUUCCCUUGAAGCUACCAGGGAAAGGGCACUAUGUGAGAUGCACCAGCUCUGUGGACAUGAUAGACUAACGCAGCAGCUGCAAUGAUGCUGAAAGGGGGACAAAUUUAACUGAUCUUCUCUUCUCCCAGAAGUCCUCUGUCACCUGAAUAUGUCCCUGAGGGUCAUGCAGCCCUCAGUGAUAUAUUUUUAAGUGAUACAGAGGAUUUCUGGGGGAAGAGGAGAUCAGUUAAAUUCUGCCGCCCUGCCCCCGCCCCCACCACGAGAUUGCCAUUGCUGUGUAAGUUGGGAACUCUUCAGCAGCACCAGAACUCUUCAUACAGUGCAAGCGCUGUAUUAGUCAGGAUGUCAGCCAAUACUUACUUUGUAGUUUUUUUACUGCAUCCUCAGAAAGGCCUUAAGCCUUAAUCUUUGCAUAGUGACUGACAAUACAACAUCUCUGAUUUUCACUAGCAUAGUGCUAUAAAUUUUAAUUUAUUUACCCUGCUUAUCAGCAAUAUUUGCAUAUUCUCAAUCCAUAAAAAUAUCAUGAUUUGAAGGAACUCUGGAACCUUGAAAUAACAAAACAUGUAAAUUGAACAAUAGAAUCUUGUUACUUAUUUCAUAUUGGCAAAAUAAUGCAAUCAAAAAUCUGCGAUCAAAGAAAGCAAACUAAAACCUUCAAUUUUCUCUUUAUUGCCUUUUGUGCUGUACACAUGUGCCUAUGUAUGCACAUAGAGGGAGGAGGGAGAAACAAGACUUUAUUGAGCAUGGCAAUUAUGGCCGCAAUAGACUGGAUUUAAUUAAAACUGUGUUGUAAAUUUUUGUUUUAGAAUUCUGGAGUUAGCAAAUAGUACUGGUCCAUUUAAAAAGGCAGCCCAAAUAUGUAGGCUGCCAUUUUAUAUCAGAAAGUUAGGAGACACAAAAGUGAAAAUCUUGCCAUUAUUUUUCCUGGCUACCUUUACCAAUGAGGUAACUGCUUAUCAUCAAAGUUAAAACCAAAAAGAUGAGAAAAGGAAAAAUGGAUUAGUGACUGAGUAUGUAUUUCUUCCUUUGAUUGUAAAGAAAGGAGAUAGUUCCAGCUUCUGUCAGUGGGGUAAUACUGGAGCAUAAAUGUGUCUUUUUAGAAGUUGUGCGAUCAUUACUUCCUGGAUACAUGGGUAUUGUAGACUUGUUUCUGGAAAACAGAUACCAAAGCAACCAGACAAAUGUCAAUGAAUGCCCUCUGGUGUUACAAGUCAUUCUUGCAAGCUGCCUGGAGAUGGAAUCCAUUUUUUGCUUUUGCAAUUUUGGCAGAGGUCCUGAGAUUACAUUUUCACAGGCAGCCGAAUGAAGUCAGUAACACAAGCUUGGUUUCACAGCUUACAUCUGCAAGUGCUUCUGUGAAGAAAAUAAAUCUCCUUUUUCCUAUUUCAGUAUACCCUGCAUAUGCUAGGUCAUCAAUAAAUACCAGCAAAAUGCCCAUCGUUAACGAGGGUCUUAACAUUCCUUGCUCUGCAGAUCUGUCAGUGAGGGCUGAGCCACGCCAGUCACGGUUUAUGGAACCUCACUGCAAGGGUGCCAAGUGUAGCACUUUAUCCCCCCCCCCCCCCGUGAAUAAUUACUAUGCCACUCAGAGGCACUACUUGACACAGGAACUAGAUCUGUUUCCUUCCAAGUGACCUCAGUCACCGAGACUCAAGCAUGUUUUUAUCCACAUAGCCCUGGCCCUACAUUUGCAUAGCCCCAACCUGGAUCCUGUUUCUCAGUCAAACAAGAGUGUGACAGAAACGUGAGAACUGACUAUAUAUAGCUAUACUAUAUUGAAUGGGAAAUUGUAUGUUUGUAGAGCCAUGCUGUACAACUUCAGCCCUCCAGCUGUUGUUGAACUACAACUCCCAUCAUCCCAAACCAGAGGAGUCAAUUGUCAGAGAUGGUGGGAGUUGUAGUUCAACAACUGCAGGAGGGCCAAAGUUAUGCAGCCCUGAUGUAGAGUAACCAGAACAUGUAAAACACCUCACACAUGAUAGUACCACAUAAUUUAUAUCAAAGCUUCUAGAUUCAGACUUCAUUAUCCACAUCAGCAGAGGCUUCACUGAAGGUCAUAUAGCUACCCUCACAUCCACAUUCCAGCCUGCCAAGCAUCUGAUAUAUUCUGAAACUAAUUUGCCUCACAAAAGGAGAUACUGUAAUUUAAGCUGCAGUUAAUCAGAGACUUAGUUGUUUCUGAUUCUUUCAUGCUGAAAUCCUUAAUUUGUAUCUGAAACAAAAUAUUUUAAAAUGAUUGUAUUUUUAUUGUGAGGAACUCACCAUUGUCUAGGACAAUGUGGGACUUUAAAAAAAAGCUUUUGUAAAGAAAAUAAAGAACAUUUCAUUUGCAAUAAAGUUAAAUUGUUUUUUGUUGUGAA